AUGUCGUCAUUUCUAAAAUCCGCGAAGGUGUCUUCGCGGAAGACUGGUGUCCAAUUUAGACCCAGGGGGGUUGGUCCUGGUGAUCGCAUCAAAGAGGUUCUACAACGAAAUCAAAUGAGAGCCAUGGGAAUAAGUCCUACGCCUAUGACACCACCUACUUCACAAAAUAAACCUUCCUCAGAUCGGCAACCUUGUCCAAAUCCCAACUGUUCUAAUCCGUUAGCACCAAUUACUGAUGGCUUCUGUUCUGCCUGUGGUCGUGAAAUCGACUCUUCUAACAUUGUUGCCGAAGUCCAGUUCGGCGAAAAUUCAUCCGGUGCUGCUGUUGUUCACGGAAGUUUUGUCGGAGCCGAUCAAGGGAGUGCAUCCAGAAAUUUGGGAUCGCAAUAUAGGCGACUCGGCGGUAGUCUCACGGACGCUCGGGAGAAGACUAUUCGUGAAGCCAAGAACAUGAUGGUAGGCUUUGCACAUCAGCUAAAGGAAGUUCCUCCGAACGCUGUAGAUGCCGGCAUCCAGAUCUUCAAACUCGUCAUGGAAGAGAAUUGGCUCCAGGGACGAGGUAUGGAUAAAGUGGUUCCCGUAUGCCUCUAUACUGCUUGCCGCAGAGAGGAUCGUUGCAAGGUCAUGCUUAUCGAUUUUGCUGAGCUCGUUCACGUAAACGUUUAUGAACUUGGCCAUAUUUUCAAAGACCUCAGCAAUAUCUAUUCCUUCCAGAGCAACAAUGUCAAGUCUAUCAUUCCGGAAGAUCUUAUAUAUCGCUUUUGCUCAAAGCUUGAUUUUGGUGACUUUACCAACAAGGUUGCAGCUGAUGCAACUCGGCUAUGCCAGAGAAUGGGUCGUGACUGGAUGGUUAUGGGCCGCCGGCCUUCUGGCAUUUGCGGAGCUUGUAUUCUUAUGGCGGCACGCAUGUGGAACUUUAGGCGUACCGUCCGAGAGAUCGUCUAUGUUGUCAAGGUCACGACGCAUACGAUCGAGCAACGUCUUGACGAAUUCACUGUUACGGAAAGUAGUGAACUGUCCAUCGAAGAUUUCCUAAAUCAAGAGUUUCUCGAGUCUCGCCAUGACCCGCCGGCAUUCUACAAAUCUACCACGGAAUGGCAAGAGAAGAUGGAAAAGGAGGGCAGAGUUAGAAAAAGGAAGCGUGCAAUCGAAGAUAUCGAUGGUGAAGAAGACCAGUCGAGUUCAACUGCUGGAACACCGGCGCCCGACAGCUCUGCUGCUACGCCGAGACCCUCGACUGAAAUGCCGCCGCCGCCAGUACCUCGCCCACACCCGGACACCUCCAGAAUGCGUCAAGUUAAAGACUACCUACCAAGAUCCUUCGAUAACUCCGAGGGAAGAGAGUUGGUUGCCCCUUUCGACCCGGAUAAGAUUCCGAAGCCCGCUCCCCGGAAGAGCGCAGACAGGGAUGUUGUAGAGGGCCUCGCGGCUGAAAACCCAGAGGAUGAUAAUGCAAUGGAUGGGCUAGCAGCGACGUAUGGUGCUUCGGACGACCAGCUCGAAGGCGAGGCUCAGGAGGAAGAGGAAGCACCGACGCAAUCAGGAACUCGGCGGCGUGGUCGCAAGAAGGGAGCUCCCGAACCAUCACUCACUUUUGAUGACGAAUGGGAGCGUGAUGAGGCCGUAUUGGAGCAGCAGAUCAACGAGGUAAUCAAUGACCCGCAUAGCGAUGAGCACGGCAAGGCCCUAGCUACUGCUGCACAUCUCGCGCACAUCAAAGCAGAGUGGGCGCGCUCUCUUCUCCCACAACGAACGACGAAUAUGGACGAAAUCAUUGGCGAGGAUGAGUUUGCCGACGACCCCGAGGUUCAAUUCUGCAAGCUCUCUCCUGAGGAAGUAAAAAUCAAGGAGAGCAUAUGGAUCAACGCGAACAAAGAUUGGCUACGAAAGAAACAGGAGAUAAUCUAUCGUAAGCAGAUGGAGGAGUUGGGCCCUCCGAAGCGGAAACGCAAUCGCGUAAAGAAGCCGCGAAUUGGUGAAGGCCAGCUCACACCUGCUUCUACUCCGGGCGAGGCAGCCAUCGAAGCACUGAAGAAGCGGGACACAUAUUCGAGACGUAUCAACUAUGACGCCAUCGAGAAUCUCUUCACGAGCGACAAAGACCGAGGACCUGGAUCGGUAGCGUCUCGCAGCGGAAGUGGUCCCGCAAGUCGUGCGGAGAGCGUUGUGGCUACCAACGGUAAAGCAGCACCCGAGGCAGCCGUCAAUGACGAGGGCGUAGAAGACGGGAAUGAAGAAGUGGAAGAGCACGUCGCGGAAGAAACUUACGACGACUACUAUGAUGAUCAAGAACAACCAAACUACGACGAAACAGGGUAUGACGAGGGAGGUUAUGGCGGAGACGACUACGGAGAUGAGGAAUAUUACUAA